CGCAACUUGGGAUUAUCCUAUCAAGAUACAGACUAUCCGAUAGAUCAUAUUCCAUUUUACAUUUAUGGAACAGAAGAUCAAUUACAUAUUGAUCAUUUAAUUCUUAAAUCACCCUCUAUUCAACUUUCGGCUGAUAAUGUUCAAAUUGAAUUCACGUCGGGAAAAUUUACAAGAGAACAGAAAGGAAAAGGAGCUAUUGUUCACAUAAUUGCAAAAGAAGAAGAGGAUGGUUCCAUUAUUGAUUUAUGUGAAGUUGCUAUGCAACCGUUCCCAGACACAAAAUACCUUGGUAAUUCAUUCUUUUUCAAAGCUAAUAGCCGAUUUCAUGUAGAAUUAUAUGAAGAUCCAGCAUUUGAUCCAACUUUAAAUGGACCAGGGGGUAUAAGAAAGGGAGAGUUAGUUAAUUAG